GCGAGACGGUGGGACAUGGCGGCCGUGCGGUUCGUGGUGCUGGGUCUCGUGCUGCUGAGCGCUCAGGGCGGCUUCGGGGCAGGCAGCGGGAUCCGGAUUUCCGUAGAUGAUGAUGGCUCCAGAACCCACCUCACAUGCGCCUUGAAUCAGAGCGCCACUGAGAUCGUGGGCCACCGCUGGGUGAAGGGGGGCAAGGUGCUGAAGGAGGACGCACUGCCCGGCCUGAGGACGGAGUACGACGUGGACUCGGACGACCGCUCGGGCCGGUACUCCUGCAUCUUCCUUCCAGAGCACGCGGGCCGCGCCGACCUGGAAGUGAAGGGGCCCCCCAGCGUCAAGGCGGUGAAGAAGUCGGAGCACGCCACCGAGGGGGAGACCGUGGUGCUGGCCUGCAGGUCGGACUCCUUCCCGCCCGUCGCCGAGUGGCUGUGGUACAAGAUGACCGACUCUGGGGACCGGGCCCUCGCUAACAGCUCCCAGAACAAGUUCUUCGUGGUCUCCUCGGAGACCAGGACGGAGCUGCAUAUCCCAGACCUGGACCUGAGCUCAGACCCCGGCAAGUACGUCUGCAACGGCACCAGCUCCGAGGGCACCGGCCAGGCGGUCGUCACGCUGCGUGUGCGUAACCGCUUUGCCGCCCUCUGGCCCUUCCUGGGCAUCGUGGCCGAGGUGCUUGUGCUGGUCACCGUCAUCUUCAUCUACGAGAAGCGGCGGAAGCCCGACGAGGUCCUGGAUGAUGAGGACGCCGGCUCUGCUCCCCUGAAGAGCAGCGGACACCACGUGAACGACAAAGACAAGAACGUUCGCCAGAGGAACUCCAGCUGAGAGGACCAGGAUGAGUCUGCAGGCCCCCACCCCAGCGUUUGCACAACCCCGCGCCCUGUCCUCUCACGGAAACCCACCUGGCAAAAGCAAACCAUGUUGUGCGUUCAAAUCGCGUGUUUUCUCACCUUUUUAAAGAAAAACUACACGAGGGUUCUGUGUGUGUAGACCUCUGCCCCUUAGGGGCUUUGCUUUUCUUUUUUAACCAUCUCGCGAGCCCUCCGGGGGAGUCGUGAGGUUUGUGCGAGGCCCCUGCCGCCCCCACCGCCCAUCCCCUCGAGUCCCCUGGGCUGUUGGUCUCCUGGUCUGGGUGUGCAGGACAGACGGCCCUUUUUCUGAGGCUCCGCCCCAGGUCCACCUCCUGAGACUGCUCGGCCGUGUGG